AUGACAACCACCUUCCUUGGCAACAACCGACUGUUGCAGAAACCAGUGUGGAGUGGAUGUUUGAUGGACCUGUUAUCUGCGAUUUUAAAGUUCAGGUGGUGGUGUGUGGUGGGAGUUUUUUGGUGGCUAUGGUGUGGGCAGUGGAUGGUGUGGGUCCAUGCAAGUGGAUUGGAGAGUGCAGCCUUUGUGGACAGAAAAGGAGUGGAGAGUUAUGACUUUUGGAUCUUGGAUCGCAUGAAGCAACAUUUGCAACGUAUUGAAAUUGAAAAGGCUUUUCAUGAGGAAAAGAGGAAACAUGAAAAUACUAUGCUAGAAAGCUUUGAAAGGGUUCGGAACAUCACAAUCGGUUCGUGGAGUGCAUCAGACAUGGAUAGAUACAGAACGCUGAAUAAGAAUCGACGUUAUGUUCUAAACGAAAUUGUUCAAGAUUUAGAAUUGAAGAAACAAGUGUUGCAAGAAGCCUUGCUGAUGGUUUCUUCGAAAUUGUUGGACUUGUCCUUACUGAAUACAUGCUCAUGUAUGGAGAGGACCACCCUCAAUGAUUGUCGAGAGGAAGACCAGGUAGUGGGUGAUCAGAUUCUUCAAACGACAAACUUGGAGAGCCACAAUGUUUUCAUACCUUCCAACAACAAUUCUGCAUUGCAAAAUGGAUAUCCAAAAACCUGCAAGGAGUAUCUUCAACGAUUCGGAGAGAGUCCCAAUGGUUUAUAUCUCGUCCGUCCACUAAAAGAUCUCUCUCCGUUACUGGUCUACUGCGAUAUGGAAGAUGGAGGUUGGAUGUACAUGAACGGUUUCAAUUCAACGGAGACUCCGACUACCAACGAGAGAGAGGCCUCUCCUAUAUCCUUUUCGACUUUUGAAGAUCCAAUCUUUAUGUACUUGUAUUAUAUGGCAACGGAAGUAAGAUCAUCGAUGGGAGAUUCUUGUGUAAUUGACUCCAGUGAUCCAGAGCCACAACAAGACGUGAUUAUGCAGAAGCUGUGCGACAGAUUAUCACCAACAGGCCAAAAUUUGAAUGGUGCUGUUAAAUAUUGGAUCAAGUAA